AUGUCCUCCAGCUCGUACACCUUCCCCUCCACCUGGGUCUUCUCUGUCCAGGACAGCAACGCCCGCCCGGAGCCGGCCGCCACCCCCCCGCCGGCCGCCGCCGCCGCCGGUGCCGGCGCCGCCCCGGCCGCCCCCAGCGCCGAUACCUGGACCGAUUCCAUCAUCGACUGUGGCAACAUCACGACCAUCGAGGACUUCUGGUCGAUCUUCAACAACAUCCACACCCCCUCGUCGUUCGCCAGCUCGACCGACUCCUUUACUUACUACAUCUUCCGCGACGGGUACAAGCCCGCCUGGGAGGACUCGGCCUUCUGCAAUGGCGGUCGCUUCCGCGUGUCGGACAACCUGCCGGACGCCAAGUGGUUCGAGAUGAUCCUGGCCGUGCUGACCGAGAGUCUCCUUGCGGGCAAGGACGACUCGAUCAAGAACCAGAUCAACGGCCUGGUCUUCCGCCUGGGGAACCGCCCCCGGUGCGACAUCUGGAUCUCCGACUCGGCCGCCUCCACGCCCAUCCUUCAGUCCUUCCCCCAGUGGUUCACCGGGAAAAACUUCGAGUAUUCCUCCUUCAGCGCCAUCUCCAAUCGCUCGGCCUCGCGCUCUUCGCGUGGUAGCUCCUCCAGUGGUGGCACCCGGCCUCGCCGGACGACGGGCUCCGGCUCCGGCGCCGGUGGCUCUUCCGCCCCGGGCUCGGCCUCCGGGUCGCCUGCUCUCGGCCCGAUGUCCAACUCCGGCGGCCAUGGCGGUGCCGGGUCCUCCGGCGGUGCCUCGCUCUCUUCCUCCACGGGCUCCGGUGGCCCGCGCCGCACCUCCGGCUCCGGCGGCCAUCGCUCCGGCGGCUCCGGCGGCCACCGCUCCUCGUCGAACCCCUCCUCCUCUGAUCCGGCCACUGCCUCCUCGGCCGCGGCUGCGCACCCCUACGGCAGCGGCUCCUCCGGCCGCCAGGCUUCCUCCUCGUCUUCCUCCGGCGGUGGCAGCGGCUCCAGCAGCGGCGGCGGCCGGAACUUCCCCUCCGGUGGCUCUUCGCGCUCUGGCGGCUCCUCGCGUUCCGGCGGCUCUUCGCGCUCCGGCAACAGCGGCAGUGGCACCUCGUCCUGGACUUCCGGCCGCGGCAGCAGCACCGGCGCCGGUGCUCCGCCUGCUGGUGGCAACUGA